AUGGAAUUACUUCCAGCCGAUUGCCUCAGAGAAAUAUUUAAGGUCUUGCAGGAUGACACCAGUGCACUUUACUCGUGUCUAUUCGUCAACAGGCUUUGGUGUGAGAACGUGGUAGAGUUCCUAUGGAGAAAUUGGGAUAUACACAAAUCGUUGGAUGACCAAGAAAAAUCGAGAACGAUCCUGGAAAUCUUGGUCACAUGUCUCCCAGAAUCUUCGAAAAGUCUUUUGUUGAAUAACAACAUUGACGUCUCGUCAUUCAUUUCACGGAGACCCUUGCUAUUUCAUUACGUUAGAUAUAUUCAAUCACUUUCAUUCAGAAACAUUCUACUCUUGGGGAUCACCCUAUACGAAUCAGGUAAUGAUGAGAUGCCGAGUCAGCCAGAUAACAGGGAUGAAAAAUUAAAGCAUCAAAUCUGCAGGAACCUCGAACACAUAUCGGUGGAAUGCCACGAGGAAUUUGAUAAUCUGGGGCUGGCGGUUUUGAUAGAGUGUCAGAGAAAUUUGAAGAAAGUAGAACUCGUGGGAGUAUAUGGGAGCAGGUUUUAUUCGGGAUUUAAUCUUGCGCAGUCAGUGGCCAAACAGGCGAAUUCCGUGCGUCACUUGUUACUAAAAGGAGAGACGCCGUGUAUUCCUCUGAACAUUAUAUCACCGUGCAUCAAUAUACAGAUACUUGAUCUGCAUUUUGAACACGACAGGGUUAUCAAUAUUUUCGAUGAUCUGGAGUCAAUUUCGUUUCCGAAUCUCCGAAUUCUUCGAGCAGGAAAGGGAUUCCCCAGAUUGCACAUACUUGAAAGUUUCAUUGAAAAGAUAAACGGAUGCCUGGAAGAACUGGUGAUAUAUGGAGAACGUCCCCCGAUCACCGAACCCCGGUUAGAAUUCAAUCAAAUAUUGACCAGGAAUUGUCGAAAACUUCGAAUCCUCACGCUGUGGUGCAUGACACUAAACCUACAAUAUGUCAAGGAAAUAUUAAUAGCCUGCGGGGAUCUCGAGAUUCUGUCAAUACAUAGUAGCAUAGAAUACGAAGCGAGAAGGGUAUUUGAGGUGCUGAAAGAUUCGGCACCGGCAAAGCUAUCCAGAUUAAGAUUAGAGGGCCGAUGGAUUUGGGAAAAUUCUGCAACUUCCCUGGUGGAGUUUUUGGAAUCCUGGAAAAAUAUAAGAUUUCAGCCGUCGGUUUUCUACCUUCAGGUUUCUGAGAAAGCAGCUGAAAACAUGAGCACCGAACUGGACGAGAUCAUAGAAAAGUAUUCCUAUGAGAUGGGAUUAUUACAUAUGGUUUGGGAAUACGAAUUUUCUGGAUAUUUCGACUAG